AGUUGUGAAAGUUUCGGAUGAGCCUCCUAUGGUUGCGAAUUUGUAGACCUGAUUUCCUGCUUCGUCUGUGACCCUGGCUCAAUUAGACCUGUCCCAUGAUGAAAUCGGCUAGUUUAUUUGUACUAUUUUUUUUACUCUCAAGUGGUGUCUACCACUCGCAUUCUGAUAAACCCGUGGCGGAGGAUCUUUGCUUCCCAAUACCAGAUAUGCCAAAAGAUUGGACGCCAAAUCCCAAACAUGUUUGGGAGAGGGAGAAAGCAAAUUCAAAAGAUGAAGAGGUCGUUGUUAUUCCUCCGUCACAAUCAUCAGGGGGAUUGGAGUCGGGGACUUGGUGCGUAAGUAUUAUACAUAUGCCGGGUGUGGCAACUUGAUGAGCACCCGUUGGGAGCACGGUCUUCAUGCUCGAUCGUGCACUGCUGUUGCACCUGCCCGGAUCUGAAAAUCAUACGAGUGUCUGAAAGGGACACCCCCUAGUCGUGCCAUAGGAGGUGUGAACUGAUGAAUACUGGGAUGGCCUGUAUUUGUAAAGCGAACUUUAU